UGAGAUGUUUGGUAUGCAGUUAUUUAAUUAUUUCCGUUAAAAACGCGGUAAAACAUUAGUCAUGGAAAAUGUCAGUUUUAUACAAUUGAAAAUAUUGAAAUAAUAAUAAUAAUAAUAGAAAGCUAUUUUAAUUGUUAUUCAAUUGUAAUUUAUGGAUUUUUAAUACAAUUUCUAACUAAUAUUUAUUGUGUAUAUAUUUACUUACUGAAAUUUAGGUUAUGUUAUUAAACAUGACUGAAAAGCAAAAGGUAUUAAUGUGUGGAGAUGUAGAAGGACAUUUUAAAUUUUUAUUCAAUAAAAUUGAUGCUAUCAAUAAGAAAAGCGGACCUUUCGACUUUUUGUUAUGCGUGGGAAAUUUUUUUGGCGAAGACAACACGGAGCUUGAAGACUAUAAAAGUGGUAUGAAAAGUAUACCAGUUCCAACUUAUAUUAUUGGCGCUAACGAGGAAGUUGAUUUAAAUAAUUAUCCAGAUGUUGAUGGUUGUGAAAUUUGUCAAAAUCUUACUUAUCUUGGAAAACGUGGAUUAUAUACUGCUAGUUCUGGACUUAAAAUAGCUUAUAUCAGCGGUACAGAAAAUAACUCGUUGGAAAUGAAACCUACUUGCUUCAAUGAAAAUGAUGUAAUGUCGAUUAAACAAGCUUGUUUAAAAGGUCAACCUAAUUUUCGUGGAAUUGAUAUAUUAAUGACUUCACCCUGGCCUGCUUAUAUUACAAAUUUAGAUCCUAAUAAACCAAACUUGAAAUAUCAGGGUUCAAAAUUAAUUGCGUGGUUGACUGCCCAAGUAAAACCAAGAUAUCAUGUAUCAGCAUUAGAAGGCAUAUAUUAUGAAAGACCUCCAUAUAGGAAUCGAAGUCUGCAAGAAGGAAGUAUUGAAAUUGCAACAAGGUUUAUAGCGCUUGCUCCUGUAGUGAACAGUCAAAAAAGGAAAUGGUUGUAUGCAUUGAAUCUAACUCCUGUUGACCGAUCGCGUUUAUCUGAGUUAGUUAUGAAAACUACAGAUGAAACAGAUAUUCCAUAUCCCAAAUCAAUGCUAUUAAGUGAACCAUCUCUACUAAAAUCAAAACAACCAGGACAUACACAAUAUUUUUAUGAUAUGGAAUCUCAAGAAACUACUAAAAGAUCCAUAUCUUAUGGAGGUUUUAAUAAAAAAUUAAAACGAGAAUUUGACCAAACAAAGUGCUGGUUUUGCUUAUCCAGUCCUGAAGUUUCUAAACAUUUAGUAAUAUCAGUUGGGAUAGAGGUAUAUGUUGCACUUGCUAGAGGUGGAUUGGUUGAGAAUCAUCUCUUAAUUUUACCAAUAACACAUCAUCAAAGUCUUUCUAUUCUACCAAAAGAAGUAAAAGAUGAAAUUGAACAAUAUAAAGACGCUAUAACCAAUUAUUAUGCUACUUUAGACAAAGUACCUGUAUUCUUUGAACGUAACUUCAAAACAUCUCAUUGUCAAUUACAAGUUGUACCUAUUCAUAAAAAUCAAGCAGCAGCUCUGAAAGAAGCAUUUGAGGAGAUGGCACAAUGUAAUAAUUUUAAAAUAUCAGAAUUACCUCCACACACCGAUUUACAGCAAAUUGCACAACCAGGUGUUCUAUAUUUUUAUGCAGAGUUGCCAGAUAGGCAAAAGUUAUAUCAUAGGAUAAAGAAAGACUUUCCACUCCACUUUGGUAGGGAGGUAUUAGCUUCAGACAGAAUAUUAGAUCUUGAUGAUCGAGUUGAUUGGAAAGAUUGUCAAUUGGGUCAAGAGGAAGAAAUUGAGUUAGCAAAACGAAUUAGAAGGGAUUUUCAACCAUUUGAUUUGGAUACUUAAAGAUGUACAAAAGUUUAAGAUAUUAAUACUAUAAUAGCUAUAUAUAUAUAUGUAUCUCUGUAUAUCAUGGUUUCUGAAAAAAUAUAUAGAGAUAUUAAUUUAUUAUCUUGUAAAAGUAAUGAAUAAAAAUAAUGUUAUUAAUUUGCAA